AUGGCUAGCAACCCCUACGAAGUCGAGCAUAACAUUAAGGCUUCGGAUCGCCGGCCCCAUCGGCGGCGCCCGGACAUGUCGAGCUUCACCUCGCAUUUACAUCAGAUAUCUCCAGACUCGGCAACAAAUAAUGCACGAAGCCAACGGGAGCCAACGGGUCCUACGCCCGUAGAUGCGGCGGCGCUAUUCCACCUCUUGCGGGACCAAUUUCAGACGCUGUCUACGGACGCACCGACGGAAGAGAACCGAGACUUUCUUGGGUCCCUGAUGUCGGCAUUUAGAGGACGACAUUAG